AUGUCCCGACAAAGCGUAGCGGCGCGCAACCUCUCCCUCACAGAAGAGCUUGAGAGACUCGAACAGUCCAUCACCCUCACCCUACAAGAAAUCGACCACAACUUCAGCAAGUCGCAUCGCAUAGUAACAACGAGUAUUCUGCCUCUAGUAGAGCAGUAUGGAGAGCACUCUCGUGCUGUAUGGGAAGCUUCCAAGUUCUGGAAGCAAUUCUUCGAGGCCUCGGCCAAUGUGUCCCUCUCCGGCUACGAGGAGCUUGCCAACGAUGACGAAAGCGAAAACGUAGAAGAGAGCACGGCUAUGAGGGAAGAUAUAACUGCGGAAUACACACAGCACAACGAAGAUGUCACCACCGCCACAGGUGUUGAGCAAUCUGACUUCCAAGCCGAUGAAUCCCUCCUCGACGAUGCGGAGCUCACGGGUAGUACCCCUCGGCCCGGAAAGACAAAGACUCGAUUCUCCGAUCUGGAAUCUCCAUACGAAGUAAUGAAGCGCGAGAUGCAAGGUGAAGAGGACGAUGGCAACCAUACCACGGUUCUUGACGACAACGAGGAUUCUACUGUCUUGUUCGCGCAGCACACCGCCAGACUUCCCGACAUGUCAAUGACACCACAGAACCAGCGCGACUACACGAUGACUGGAGAGCAGUCAGUUCAACCCCAUCAGGACCCUCUGCUGCACCGCGUGCUGGACAAGAACUAUCGCAUCCAGGCAACCCCUCAUAAGCCCGCUCUUCGUAUCUCGCCGCUCAAGAGCGCCCAACCAAAGAGCGCCAAGAAAAAUGCGCCAGCUUGGAACGACUCGCCCGGUUCGUCCCCUGAGAUGGCGGUUCCGACUCUGCGUAGCGAGGUAUUCAUGUCGCCCUACAAGAGCAACGCACGACAGCGUCUUGCUGCGGCAACGCAAGGUCCUCGAACACCCGGUGUUAGCGUGCAGACGCCAGCGACAGCACGUAAGACAAGGGACGUUUUUGCUGGAGGUAGUGCCAAGGCCAGUGGCAAGGAUAAGUUUGAAAUUGAUUGGGAUAGUGAUGAGGGAGAUGAGGAUAUUGAUCUAUAUGCUGGCAUGAGUCCGCCCAAGACGAUCCAGUUUGCGCUUCCUCCCUCGAAGCUUCUACAAACGCCUGCACGCGAAGCAAGCCAGAGGAUUGUGGGCGAUAUUCUACUCGAUGCUGGAGCGGAUCCAAACUCAUCUGAAUACAGCCCUUCAAUGGUAAAGAUGAACGAGGAUAUCCUAGACGAUAGCUUCUAG